CCCAAGGUAAUGGGGUUUUUUUUUUUUUUUUUUUGUUUUCUUGUGUUCGUUUCUUUCUCGGGCUUUUUCAGGAGGGAUAGUUUCAUAACCCACAGAGCAUUCUGUGAUGCUUUAGCAGAGGAGAGUGCAAGAGCAAACCCACUCCUGUCCACUCAUCAACCUGGCUCAUCCUCAUCAACCCAAUUCAACCCCCAAGCAUUUCCAGUCCUUAAGAAAGAGCAACAGACUAAUUUCAAUCUCCUAAGGCCAGAGAUCCCACCAUGGCUUGCUCCCCAGCCAAUCCUAGGUCCUGUUCCUGGCCCACCACCACUUGAUCAUCUCUCAUCCUCAUCAUCAGCCUCAAUUUUCUCCACCUCAAGAUUAGAUCAUCAUCAUCAAGAUCAGUUCAAUCACCAUCAUGAUUUAUCAAACCCUAACCCAAAUCUUGCUGACCCCACUCUUCUUUCCUUCCAUCCAAGUACGGUACCCUCCCAACCUCACAUGUCAGCCACUGCAUUGCUGCAGAAAGCAGCCCAGAUGGGUGCAACCGUGAGCAGCAACACUGCCUCAGCCACUGCACUCAGACCCCACCAACAGGCUCACGUGUCUGCAGGUAGCAACAACAGUACUACUACUCCAGCUGGCUUUGGCCUCAACUUCACCUCACGUGAAGUCGGUGGUGCCAACUUUAUCCAUGGCUUAAACACCGGUGGUGCCACCAGUGGUGCUGGUGGUUCUCAUUCUCUUCUCCAAGAGAUGGUGAAGUCUUUGUCUUCUGGCACUGGUCUCCAUGGCACAUCCAUUGCUGAUGAGAUUGGUGGAGUAUUUACAAAUCUGAAGAAAUUACAAGCGAGUUACGGUACUGAUCAAACACUCUCCAAAGCAACAGCAACCAAUAGCGGGAGAAAUAAUGAAACCGGCGGCGGCAGUGGUGGUGAAGACUUAACGAGAGACUUCCUGGGUAUAAGAGCAUUUCCUCAUAGUGACAUGCUUAAUAUUGCUGGUCUUGGUAACUGCAUGAACUCUUCCCAUGAGCAUAAUCAGAAACCAUGGCAAGGUUAGGUGAAAUAGCCUUUUUUUUUUUUGGGGGGGGAGAUAUAUAUUAAAUCAAAUUCUCAAUUUCGCCUCCCUUUUUUGUUUCCCUUAAUUUUAUCUUUCCAAAGGGAAAGGACCCUUUGAAAAACUGAUAUAUUAAAUACCUUAUGCAGCU